AUGACGUCUAUGAUCAUGGUGUGGACCACCGCUCCUGAGACAUCCACCGAAUCCGUACCUCGUGGUCCGCCACUCCUCACCCUCCAUGAAGGUGUUUACUCUGUUUCCCUAGGGAUGGUGACUCUUUGGAACAUUAUGAAUAGUCAUUGUCACAGGGCCAGAAUGAACAAGACCACUCAGACGGUCGGAAACAUUCGGAGAGCGAGGGCUGAAAAUAUGCAGACCGAGUCACGGAAUGGCAGUCUCUUGUGUCCGACCAUCUUCCUCAACAUCGGGUUCGAACGACCCGUCAUCUUGACGAGAACUCAAUACGUGUCUUAUAGGACGGACGGGGACCGUUGGAGGAAUGAACCCAAGGUGGAAACCCCUGAAAUCUCUCACCUAUCAGCCUUUCCCAUGAAUAUCAAUCUAGAGAUCGUGAUCCUCCCACUCGGUUUAUUCUACGUUAUGGGCCGUUCCAGCACAGCGCAUCUCACCAAGUUCAAGGGAGAGAAAUCCAGCCGAAAGCACAAUCAACCUCUACCUCCAACUUUCAGAAGGAUUGUAAAGUGCUCUGGUAUGUCUACCAACUGCCAGGAACGUGGUUACCGCAGAGGACCGUGGGGGAGUUUCUGUACUCCUUGCUUUUCGGAGCGCCGACGUCCCAAUGGCACGGAUUUAUCUAGCCACACCUUGGACCAUCACAUCACAACCCGUGGUGUCCAUACUUCUAACGAGGGAAGUGUUGGGCAAGCACUCGUCUCGGGAGUGACAGAGAGGCCCGGGAUGUCAUCUGUUUCCCGGCAACCAGUAGGUUCCGAGCCAAAAGUCAGCAAAGCAUACGAUUUUCCCACCCACUUGGGUACCGUCAUGCCACUGCCGGAGACAGAGCACUGGACACUGUUCUUGAACCACGAUGGUGGUAGGAUAGACCCUACGGAUCUCUUAGAUUGGAGAACAGACUCUACACAGGCAAACAAUCCUCAUGAUGGGAAUGGGCCUACAGGUUCAUCUCAAGAGUGA